AUGGUGGUGUAUCCACUCAUAAAAAGAGGUUAUGGUACCCAGUGCUUAGACAAAUCACAGUGCCAUACGGACUACCACGAAUAUAUCGAAAAUACACGCCUUAGUAUACGUGUGCAAACCUGUGUGGUAAAGAAAUACAGUUUGAAGUUCACAAGUUUAUUACAUCAGUCAGUAGUCGAACACCACUUUUAUAAUUCCAUGGUCUUCGAUGAUCAUUUUACAAGAAUGACGAUUUCUUGUGUAUGUCAAUUAUUCUGCAAAAGACCGAACUGUCGAAAUAUGAACUGA